AAGCAAGAAGGUGAGGUUGCCGGUGUCCCUCAAGGGUCUUCAGGUGCUCGUCUAGGCUCCUGCAAGACUGAGCAUGUCUCUGAAAAAAAGGCAACAGCAACAGGUUAUUAAGAAGACAUCCCACCCUCUCAAGCCUGUCGGCAGUCACCUUCUUCUUUUUUGGAUCGAUGUUGGGAUUUCCCGGAGGCCUGCUGUUGGGACGAACAGGGGUCGCUACACUUCUGUCUUUGGAGCUUCUGGCUGAUGACAAGCUACUCAUGGACCACUUAGAAAACUACAUGAACACUGUCACGGACUAUGAUCAUUACAUAUCUGAAAAAAUGAACAUAGCACACAGGAGUGAUAAUGUCCACAUGUUUAACAUCUUCAUAUCAGUUUUGGCUGUGGAGUUUGGUGGCCUGGCUGCGAUCCUCUCUUCACGUGUCGGUCUGGCUGUUGGAUCGACAAUGUAUAAGCUGGUGAUCAAAAAAUCUGGUGAAACAGCUACAGGGAAAGCUCUUUCUGUGGCUGGGCCACUUUGUCUGGUGGUUAUCAGCACAAGCGGGUGUCUUCUAGGUCUUCUGUUGCGCAUGUAUCUAUCCAUUACUUUACCUGUCAUCAUAUGUUUCUUUUUUGUUCUGGUCUUUUUGCAGAUUUUAUUUGUUUUCUUUGACAAUUGUGGCAGAUGCAGUUUGCUUUUUGGUGUGCUAACAAUAUUUGCUUUCUCUCCACUGAAUACGCCCAUCGUCUUGUCCAUGAUGUUUCUAUUGACAUUUGUGUUCCAGACAAAGUUGAUUCUCUCUGUGGCGUUAGUUCCAAAGACAUCACCCCUGAGGACGUUUGUUAAGUCAUAUGGCUUCGACCUGAUUAUCACUCCAAUAUUACAGUUUUUGAUGAUAACUGAUGUGUUUAACUUUGCAAGACACCCCAUUGUUAUUCUGCAUCAAACCAGCACAACCAGCACAGGCAGCGCUGCAGUGGAGGGCAUUUUUGUUGGUGUUUUGUCCUCUCACUUUCUGAUGGUUGCUGUGGGAAUGUCAUUAUUCUCCUUUAAAGAAGUAACCGGAGCAGCUAAAGUGUGUGCUGGUGCUGUGACUUCAGGUGGAGCAGCUAUCGCUGGGAUUGAGUCUGUUGCGUCUCUGCUGGGUCCAGGCCCCACUAUAGGAGCUCUGAUGGGGGUGGCAGGGGCAGUAGGGGUGACUCUUACUGCAGCUGGGGCAACAGCAUUUCGUUAUGGACAAGUGAUGGGCGGCCAUAGAUUGAUGGGAUUGCUUGGAGUGACAGCUGGAGCAGCUGUAGGAGCGUAUCUAGCUUCAUCUACCCACAGUGGGCUGUCAGCUCUCUAUAUGGCUCUGUGUGCUGCAGCAGUUCCAGGUACACUCAUUCUGAACUGGAUGACUGUCGUCCUGAAGAGACAUGCUCGAUGGUCAGUGAUUAACAUCUGUUUCUACUUGUUCAUGGGAGUGCUUUCUGCAGUUUGGGUGUAUUUCGCCAUCCCCAUUCAAGGUGUACUGACUUUUAUAGCUUAUUUGAUUGUUUGUACUGCUGCAAGUAUAGUGCUUGUUUGUGUUUCUUGUGCUUUUGAUUUCUGGGGGCUGACGGCCUCCAGCGAUGAGGAGGAAGAUGAGAGUGAUCCAUCUUCUCCAGAGGCCCAAAAUAAUUACCGACUCAGACAACUCUUAGACUUCUAUUCAUUGUCCAGCUUAACACAAUCAAAACUGGACAUUCUGGAGAACUUGUACAAUGAUGCCGGUGGAAAACUGGUUCACUUAAGCAAGAGUCUUCGACGACGAGUGUUUUCGUCCUGAAAGCUUCAAAACUGUUGAGUCGAUGUAACACAGGCAAAGUUAUCCUGCAGUGAACUCUAGACACAUUUUGUUGUCGCAAAAGCCAGAAAGUAAUGAUCAGCUGUGUCAAACUUGAAAGAAGUCGAAUGGAGUGUUAUGGCUGCUGCCGUAUUUGUAGUGUGUGUGCUGUGUGUGCAUGCGUGUGUGUGCGCAUGCGUGUGUGGGAUGGUUUCUCCCUCUGCUUCUCCUUCAGGAUGUCCAUGGAGGUGAUAAUUGAAUGAUUGACUGGAGCACCAGACCAUCUGGGAGAGUACGGUGGCCUCCAACCACGGGUGGCCCUGGGAGGAGCCUCACCCUCAAAAGCCUGGCGGGAGGAUCAGUCCGGGGGCGGCUGCGUCUGAUCAGUGACCUGUCGCUCCUCAUUCGUCUGGCUCGGCUGUAGCAAACUGAUCUGUGUGUUUUGACUGAGUUUUGUUGAAUUGCCUGUGCAUUUGUGUGGCCGUUUGGUUUGUGUUUCCUCUGCUUGAUUAUCAGUAGGGAUCCCCUUUGGAAUAGUCUUGGUUCUCCAUUUCGUGUUGUUUGUGAUUGAUGCUGUCCCUUAGUUUCUGUAACCCUUUUAUUUAUUAAACAUCUCU